UUGUUUGUUCUUCUUCAGGAUGAAAAGGCUCAAGUUCUUAAAAUGUAUAUCUGGCAAGAUAUGAGAUGGAGAAAUGAAUUUGUCGAGUGGGACCCAGAACAGUGUGGUUCUUCAGCGAUUACAAUUCCAAGGAAACUGCUCUGGGUACCAGACGUGGUCAUCAAUGAAUUUAUGGAGAAGAAUUCAGCUCCAUUCGUGCCCUACAGUUAUCUGUAUUCGAAUGGCUUCGUGCUGGAUUCACAUCCGAUCAGAGUGAUCAGCUCCUGCAGACUCGACAUCUACACGUUUCCAUUUGACGUCCAGAACUGCAGUUUAAGCUUCAACUCUUAUUUACACCGUAAGGCUGUUCUGCAGAUGAACAUCUUUACCUCUGUAGAGGAUAUUUUAAACCAAUCAAAAAAAGUGAUGACAACCAUGGGUGAGUGGGAACUCAUUGGUCUCACAGUGCAGAGGAUCACUCUACCAGCUGGGGAUGACGAAUUGUACCAAGAGAUUCGCUUCUUUGUGACAGUGAGGCGCCGGGCCACCCUCUAUGUGGUGAACCUGCUGAUCCCCAGCUGCUUCCUCAUCACAGUGGACCUCUUCAGCUUCCUGCUGCCCCCCCAGACUGUAGACCGUUCCUUGUUCAAGAUGACCCUCAUCCUGGGAUACACUGUCUUCCUGCUCAUCAUGAACGACCUGCUGCCCACCACUGGAAACACUAUUCCUCUCAUAAAUGUGUUCCUGGGGCUGUGUCUGGCUCUUAUGAUGAGUAGUCUAAUGGAGACUAUCAUCAUCACCAACCUGCUGUGUGGCUCCGCUCACUACUCUCCGGUCCCUCGCUGGCUCCGAUUCUUGGUUCUUCAAAUCCUGGGUCGCCUGGUUAGGCUUCCUCCAAAGCCCAGAGAUCUAGAGGACACAGUCAUCCAGAAUCCUGCCACACAAGAAAUGAAAGUCUUCUCUGUGGUGGCAGCGGACAGCGAGGCUCCAAAACAGAAGGGACAGCUGAAUAAUGACAAGGCCCUUCAGGAGCUGAGGAGCCUGGGUAAGGACCUCCAGGCCAUCCGCCUCCAGGUGCAGCAGCAGCAGGGAGGAAGCCAGAGCUCGCAGGAGUGGAUCCAGGUGGGAUCCAUCAUAGACCGCCUGCUGUUCGGCUUCUACAUCCUCUUCAUAUCAGUCAGCUUCGUUACCAUGAUCAUAAUCUGGGUGAAAUCAUGAAACAUAUUCUGAGUUCGCUUUUUUCAUAUUUUGGGGGAUUCUGAACUAUUAUUUGUUGGUCGAUAAAAAACAUGAUUUCUGUUAUUCCUUGUCAGUUUGUACUUCGAAGAGAAUUUGAAAGAAGCUUUUUACAUUUUGUCCCCCUUUUAAAAUACAUUUGAAUGUUUUGUCAUGUAUUUUCUUUUGUUGAAAAUGGUCUUCCCUUUGAAACAAAUAUCCGAAACUCCUGUUGACUCUUCUCUUUCAACAAUGAUUUGCAUACACGUACAAACUAUUGGACUUACAGUAAAGACUCUAACCUCAAGGUAUCUUCCAAACUUAACAUGUGUCUCAAAGGUUCUUGGCUUCAUUGACAACAUACAUCUCAACAGUA